AUGAGGGACACGUGACACACCGAUGGACCGACACAGCCGAGCUGAGCGGUGCUAACAAGCGGAACACGGAUCUGUUUCCUGUAUCUGCCAGCUGGGUCGAGGAGAGACGGGAUGGCUGCGCUGCCUUUCCCCUGCCCUGUGCACGUGGGCGUUGUUACCACUGGAGGCGAACACGCUCAGCUGCACAAAUACACUUUGGAGAGAAAUAUAACCAAGUUGGAGAAACUUCUGAACAAGGGUGUGGACGUGAACUGUGUGAAUCACAUGGGUCAGACUCCGCUGUUCUGUGCCGCUCUGUCGGGCCAGGCGAAGGUGACGAAGCUGCUCCUCCACCACGGGGCUGACCCAAACCAUCGCUGUGAGGACCGGAGCACCCCGGUUCACGCGGGCGUGCUUUCCUGUAACCCUUCCGUGGUGUGCGGCUUGCUGGUUGCUGGCGGAGAUCUGAGACUCCACGACUGGGAGGGCCGGACGCCCUUUGACUGGCUCAGGACUGCCGAUCAGAGCGCAGUGCCAAAAUGCAAGACUUCCUGGAGGGCUGCAUGUCCUCCAUGCAACAGCUGUGUCUGAGCCCAGCGGUGACGACCCGCAGCCCGUCCCACAAGUCUCCCUCCAUCUUGUCAAACCCUGCAACUCUGAUGGAUCGCAUGAAACCGCGUGGAAUCGGCCAGCAGUUCAAUAAAAGGACAAACAGCAAGUCUUCCUCUACAGUAGCCUGCUGUUUAGGAUUUGGAAAGGUGUGUGUUAACAAGCUCUGCCAUGCGGUGUCUGUGCCAGCAUCCAUCCCCCUGAUCAGUGAUAGCGAUCUGACCCGCUACGACGACGAACCUCUGUUUUCCUUCUCCUGCGGGUCCUUGACCUCCAUGACCAAUUACAUCUGGAGGGGCUCGAGGGUCACAGUAAAAACAAUGAGGGACAGUGACACGGCUUAUCUUGACUUUCUCCACAUAGAACAAGACUACUGCAGUCAGCUGUUCCACCCGCAGCUCUUGCAGCUGAUGGCGGUGAGUCUGUCUGAUGACCUCCAGAGGACCAGUCUGUUGUUUGAACCGGUUGACGUGGGCACGCUUCACAACCUGCUGCACAACAGGCGUGCAGAGUUUCCAGUGCUGCAGAAUAGGUGGCUGCUGUCGGUGUUGCUGCAGGUGUGUGAGGGUCUGCAGUACGUCCACAGUGGAGGCCUGGUGCUGAGGGCCCUGUCUUCCCACAGCGUGGUCCUCACUAAGCUGGCAGUAGCCAAACUGACCGGUUUAGGCUUCAUGGUCCCCAGCAGUCAAAGUACAAACGUUGACCCCCCACUGCACAUAGACCUCCCCCCCAGCCUCCACAGAUGGGCCGCUCCAGAGGUCAUUAAACAGCGGCCGUGCGCGAUGCAGGCCGACAUGUACAGUCUGUGCGCUGUGAUCCAGGAACUUUACACAGACAGUGAGCCGUGGGGAACAGCGGACUUGGACAGAAUCAAACAGAUGAUAGAUGCAGGACGUGCCCUGGCAGCAGACAGCAGCAUUCCACAGCCUUACUACGAUGUGGUCCUGAGAGGUCUGCAGCACCACCCGCAGGACCGCACAUGCAGCCUGCAGGGCCUGUGCGCCACCCUUCAGCAGGACCUCAAGAGGAUCUCCCUGGAAGAACAGAUGACUGGUGGGCCGUGUGGCCGAGAUCUGGGGCCUGAGGUCCAGAACAAAGAACAGCAUUGGACCAUUGUGGGGGAACCAGUACACAGCGAUGUCCAUAGAACUGUCGGCCCAUUCACAACCAAGACAGAGGCCGUUGCGGAAGGACAUGUCGACCUGGACCAAGAGCUGUACAGAAAACCAAAGCCAGAGAGAGAAGGACGUUUGUUCCACCAAGUGUACCCCUACGCAGGCCUGCUGCCUCUGCUCGGGGAGUUCGACCCAGCCAGUACUGAGGAAGAACCCGAGUCGGACGUAGACGGGGAGCUAGCAGAGCAGCUGGCAGGCUGGAAGAUGGCAACGGAUCCUCAAAUCAGCACCAUUACAGUGAACGUCAAAGUGUCCCAGGAGCUGCUGCAGCAGGCCAACCGGAGCCUGGACGCGGUGGAAGCCCCCCCCCUGCUGGACUACAGAGGGGUGGAGGACGUUGACUGGCGCAGAGAUGCUCCCCGCUAUCGACACAGCGACCCCUCCCGCGCUUCCUUCCCCACGUCCAAAGCCAAGGCUAAGCUCUGCGGAGUGAGCGCUGCCGUCGGGCCGCCGAAGAAGCACUACAGUCUAAUUCCGCCCGGGGGGGAGGAAUGGGGAAGGAACCUGGAGGCCCAGCUUCAGAGCACAGAUUGGGAACCGCUGAGCGAGGAGGAACUCUCUCAAUGGCUGAGUUACUAUCCGGUGGAGCAGCAGCACGUCCCCUCCUCGGGACGCCACGCCUCAGCGACCUCGCCGCUGGGAGCUGAUGCCGGAGAGGAAUUGAGCCAGUACACAUCUGCUCUGGACCACAGUCUCGUCAGCAUCCUCCCCGAGAGGAAGAAUACGCAGAUUGUCAGACGUCUCCUCCAGACAUCCAGUUCCCCAGAAGAUGUAGCGGUUACAUUAGAGCUGUGCCAGCCAGCAGCUGGUGGGAGUCCACCCUCUGAUACUCACAACCCCGAAUGUGAGAGCUCCUCAAACAAUGAUGACAUACUCCCCACUGAUCCCGAUUCUGAUGUCACUGGAUCGCAGGCUCAGCAUACAGCCGACCCAAACAUGAUUUGGCUGGCUGAACUCUCCAGUAUCUCAGAGUCUCCAGCUCAGUUUCAGGAGACUCUCCACUGCAUCUCUGAGUACAGGAGACUUUCGCCUUGUUACAGUACUCCCCGCAGUCCGGACGUACACCGGCGUGUGAUGACGGGCUUGAGGGAGGCCAGUCUCCCAGACGCCCCUCUAUGCAGCACCGAGAGCUUCACCACAGCAAGAGACGGCUCAGUGAAGUCUCCCGCUUUCAAGGUAGAAUCUGCCCGCAGUUCAGAGGGCUUCAUCACGCUCAGUCAGGAGGAGCAGCUGCUACACACUAGAUCUCCCGGCCUCACAGUCCACGGAGGCUGCAGCUCUGAGGAAGCAGAGCAAAACGAGGAAGAGGGAGAAGCCCGGAGAAACCCGAGUGGAGAGAGGCAACAAGGGAGUAGUCAAAGCCACCCGAGUGUGCACGUGGCACAAGAGCUGGAGGAUAUGCAGAGAGGAUUACAGAUGGAGGGCAAAACGGGAGGAGACAUGGCAGAGGAGGGGAAGGGAGGCAAGCAUGAUGAUGAGGAGGAGGAGGAGAGCGAUGUGGGGUCAGAGGAGGAGGAAGAUGAAGAGGGUGGUUCCGAUGACAGGGGGGAGGAAGACGACGCUUUGGUGAACAUGAGUAAGCAGACAGACAUGAUGGGUGAUUGGGAACAGAACGUGAGGCUGAUGACUGCAGGAGUCCUGGUUGGGUUUGUCCACUCAGGGAAGCCUGGUGCCGAAGCAGACACCGCAGAUCAGAGGGAGGAGCGUGCCACCUUAUUAGAGGACACCGUCAGAGCUCACUCGACGCUGGACGAUGCGCUGCUGGGCUUCGAGAUGGAGGGUCCGCUAAGCAUCCCAGGGAUGAGUAGAGGAGUCCACGCACUGGUUCAGCUGUUUGAAGGUGACGGAGGACGCCGAGCAGGAGACCACGCACAGUGCCGGCGCAGUUUCCUGGAGGCCAGUCAUGAUUGAAAUGAUGCACUAGCUAAGUCAAAGUAAGAGUUCAUGAUGUGUGGGUGCAGACUGCUCUUGAACAUCUAUGUUGGCCUGUUUGCCGUUUUGUUAGCAGCUCAUUGUAAGGGAUUUGCAAUUCUGAAAUGUUUUCAGACCAUUACUAACAGCUAGGAUUUAAAUUACUUUGUUGGAAGUUAGAGAUGACUUAACGUUCAAAGAAUUGUUCUGAAAACUCCGAAAAAAUGUGUCCAAUUUAUUCAACAUGUUUGGCAUUUCAUGUUAAUAAAAAUCAUAUACAAAUACA